CGGUGUUGAGCAAGAUUUUUGUUUUGUUUUAUCUUUUCCAACAAAAAAGAAAAUAAUAGCUUAAUCUGAAAAAAAACAUUGUUUCGUGUAUGCAUUGUGCUUUAUGAGAACUUUAUACUCUAAUUAUUAAAAGUUCAUCCACUGAAAGCCAUCAAAGUGAAGGAAAAAGAGAUGGUCAAUACCAAAUCAAAAUGGAGGCCAGUUCAGUAUUUAUAAAAACGGAGAUUGAAGAUGCAGAAUAUGAGAGGAGUUAUAACUAUUCAUCGAAUGAUACAUUAGUCAAUAAUGAGGAGGACUAUACAGUCACGGUCAAUCCAGAGGCUGUAUUGGAUAUCAAAUAUGAACGAGAAGAGGACCCCACUUCAAAUAAUUCAGAAUCAAUAGCUGCAUUUUCCAGCAAUGCCUCUGGCUUAACCGGUGACAAUGAUGUUUCAGACUCUUCACAACCAAAAGAACCGCCUGUGCACAAAGAAGUGAACAGACGCAAAAGGAAGUUGCGUGUUAGACGUUUGGAUGCUAGACAGAUAGAAGAAACAUGUGAAGAGAAUGAAGAAAGCGCAAUGGUCAGCCAAGUGAAAACUGAACCCGAAGAGUUUUCAACGAUUUGGAAUUCUGAGGAUACCAAUAGUUUUGAUGGCACAGCUAUCAAGAUGGAGGACACUGAUAAUGGUUUGGGUUCAGACUCCAAUUAUAUGGAAGGGGGCAGCAAUGGAACAACAGAAGUUGCACCUGGAGAGGAUUUUGUGAUAAAAACUGAAUCUGAAUCCCUAGAGGAUGAAAGUUCAGCAUAUUCCAACCAUGUUCAGAGUACUAGCAAGAGGAAGCGACGAAGCCUUGAAGAAAAUUCGGAUGCUUUUCAGAAUGUUCCAGUCGGAAAUCUGAUGAGUUUACAAGAGUUUGAAGGAGAUGCUUCAAAAUCUAUUCGUGGAAGAACCGGCAAUCGUAGCAGUGAAGCAAAAGAAAAAACCAGAAAAACCUGGUUUCUAGAUGAAGAUAAGGGAAUGUGGAAAAGAAGGUCAUGGUAUGAAGAAGAGGCUAAGAACAUGAUGCAGAAAACUCAAGAAGACCUGAAACAAAUUGAAGAAUUGUACUCAAGCAAAUCUGGUGGACAGUCAAAAGAAACAUACAUAUCCAUUUUGCAGUCUUCAGCAGAAAAGCCAGAGACAAAAGUAGAAAACAAAAGAGAAGUUAAAAGACUUGUUGGAAGAAAGAGAUCUCGAUAUGAAGAGAAAACAGAGUUAAUGAAGAGAAAGACAGAGGAGGAUGAGGAGUUCAUAGACAGUCUGAAAACCAUGUUUAAACGCCCAGCUGAUACCUCAGAACAUUCCAAUCAAAGUAUUGACAGUACCUCAUCUCCUCCUGAGAGCGGGGCUUCAGAAAACUGUGACAAAUCGGCAAUUCUCUCAACGUCAUUAUUAACGUUAACAGAAUUAUCUGAGUUUAAUGAGAGAAGAAGAGGAUCAAAUAAAGUUCCUAUUGAGGAAGACAAGUGGAAAGAACUGAGUAGCAAAAGUAGUGAAGAAUUAGAGCAAGAAAUAGCUGAAUUGAAUGGAAAGAGAAGGCUGACUGUGCCACGGAAAUCCAUGUACGAAGAGAAGACGAGGGACAUGAACCGCAAAACUCAGGAGGACGAGGAACUAAUCAAAGGGCUACAGUCACUCAGUAAAGGAAAACUGGUGAGCAAGGAUUCCAAAGAAUACAAGCAAUUACUGAGCGAUACCUCAGUGCUCUCAGAGAGUAUUAAGGAACAAGUUGAAAUUUCACCGAACACUUUCGAAUACCAACCUGGACCAGGAGUCCCAGUCAAAAAGAUCAUCAUGCCAACAGAAAACUCUCUGACGUAUUUAAUACCACAAAGGUGGGAAUCUGACGAAGCAUUGGGAGACAUGGCUGAGUAUGCACCAGUGUUAUAUAGCAAUAAAAAACAUCCUGAUCUCAAGGAAAAAAUCCCACAAUGGAAUUUACGAGCUCCAAUGAUUGCAAAAAUAUGGAGAGACUUACCUGAACAUACAAGAGAGGCAUAUAAGGCUCAAUGUAAACAGAACAAAUUAAAGAAAGAGGAUGAUCAAAAGAAAAUGUUGGAAGAAGAAUUGAAGAAGCAUUCCUCAAAGAAACCGAAACAGAGCCGUGGCAGCGAUAUAGCGUACCGUGCCAGUGUCCCAGCCCCGCCCAUUGCCCCCGUCAGACAGUCACAGCGCCUCAUGUCAAAGUCUAACAAUACUGCGACUGCAGCUGAUAUAAAAGUGAAGGAUUCACCAGAGAGAAGCUCAAGUCCUGGCAGUGGAAAUAUAGAUUUAAGAAGGUCCAAAUAUGCAGAGAAAACUAUGAUGCUUAACAUGAAAUCAGAAAGAGAUAAAGCAAUGAUGGCUGAAGCAAAUCUACCGGUGCCUAGAGAUGGUCCAUCAGACAGGUUGCCUGGUUCCCAUUAUGCUCUGUCCAUGCAAAUGAUGGCAUUGAAAACUCGACAGGAGAUGGCUACCCUAGCUCAAUUAAUACCUCAGGAAAAAGUGGCAGCUAUUCAGUCAAGGCAAGCCAUUAUACCAAAAGAUCAAAGAAUUGAGGAGGAAAUCGAAGAAAAUCCACCACCCACAGUUUACAUCAUAGACCAUGGAAAGUUAGUUCAAGCCAGGCUGAAUGGCAAUCAAAGAACAAGUGACAGUCCCCCAGUGCAAAAAGACGUGAACUUAAAUCAGAAUUCUGUGUUCUAUGUGCGAAAGUCACGGUACAACGAAGAGCCCGAGAAAAGUGUUGUGAUGGAAGAAAGUGUGCUCAUGUGUUCAGAAUGUGGGGAGGAAUUCACCUCGGUGUCCGACAUGGAUUCACAUAAAACUCUGUCCCACAACUACAAACCUUCUGUUGUUCUACCCAAAGAAGACACUGCUUUGCCAUUCAUCAAGUUCGAACCAGUUGACGAGGACUUUGACAAAAUAGAAAACUCGUCUUGCUAUGCAGAGGUUGAUUCAAGUAAAGGAAGGAAGAAAAAGAGCAAAGGGAAACUGAAAGUGAAAGUAGGCAAAAGCAGAAAAAAAUCGUCAGAUGAAGCGCAAACAAACUGUGGCACCUGUGAUACAGAUAUAAAAAUAAAGACGGAGGUCUUAUGACUAAAAUGUAAAUCCAAUGUCUUUUAAACCGUUUUAUUACUUUGAAACUGCACCGCAUUUAAUAUUACAAAUCAGUAAUUUGUAAUGUUCUGCAAUUGUUAAACCAUUUGACAUUUAUAAUUUUACAUAUUAAAUCAUUUUAUUACA